AAAAACCAAAAUCUUAGUAUCAUAUUUUCACAAGAAAAAUGAGUUCCAAAGUGUUUCUUCUUCUCGGCCUUGUCUUAGCUGUGUCUCUUCUGAUCUCUUCAGAAGUAGCUUCAGCCAGAGACCUUGCUGACGUUGAUCCAUCGGAGGAAACUGAUGCGCGCGACAAAUACAAUCAAGGACAUGGAGGCAGCAGUGCAACCGGACGCAGCAGCAGCGGCCAUGGAGGAGGCCACGUAGGUCACGGCGACGGUCACGGAGGAGGCAAGGCGGAGGAAACUGAUGCGAGCGACAAAUCCAAUCGAGGACAUGGAGGCAGCAGUUCAUCCGGACACCCCAUCGGUGGCGGCCAUGGAGGAGGCCACGGAGGAGGCAAGGCGGAGGAAACUGAUGCGAGCGACAAAUCCAAUCGAGGACAUGGAGGCAGCAGUUCAUCCGUCCACCCCAUCGGCGGCGGCCAUGGAGGAGGCCACGGAGGUCACGGCGACGGCCACGGAGGAGGCAAGGCGGAGGAAACUGAUGCGAGCGACAAAUCCAAUCGAGGACAUGGAGGCAGCAGUUCAUCCGGACACCCCAUCGGUGGCGGCCAUGGAGGAGGCCACGGAGGAGGCAAGGCGAAGGAAACUGAUGCGAGCGACAAAUCCAAUCGAGGACAUGGAGGCAGCAGUUCAUCCGGACACCCCAUCGGCGGCGGCCAUGGAGGAGGCCACGGAGGUCACGGCGACGGCCACGGAGGAGGCAAGGGUGGGAAUUACUAA